AUGUCAGCCCCAGGACCAUUCCAGAUCAACACUGGUUUUGCCGGAGGCCAAGCGUUCUCCCAGGGAAAUACCGACUCGACAUCCCAAGCCCAACACUCUGCCAACCCAGUCCCCGCAUCUAAUACCGCAAACGACACCCCUGAUUUACAGUAUACUGAUCGCACCAAUCAGCCAGAAGAUACUGAUGCCAACGCCUCAGUAAGUCACAAUCCCAACACCUUGCAAAGUCCAUCCCUUCCAGAGGACGAAGACGGUUUGCGUGCAAUGAUGGGUGAUCCUCCGAACAAAAACCGCCCGCCUAUCACAUCGGAUCAGCACAAGUUGACCAAGGAGCAAAUGGAACAGUUUGCUACUCUCGAACUUGAUGCGCUCCGGGUUGCUGCGAAUACUCAUGCUAUCCAUCGACGCAUGACUGAAGAGAUGCGCGAGGAAAUCGACGAGAUGUACUACGAGUUCCAGUGCAAUGUCACCAAGCUUGCAAUUCAAAACCGUGUUGCUUCUCAUCUUUACUUCAAGCACCUCGGUCAAAAUCGAAAGGUGAGAGCCGGCACGUCAUGGAACAACUUUCAGAAAUACGAUCCGGCAGUCCAAAGGCUUUUUGAUGAGUUUGGACGCGAAAUGGGAGGUGUCAAGGUGUCCGAGCUUUGGGGGACAAAGAGCUGGCCAGAAAAGCUUCGAUAUCGCGAUAUGGACUAUUUGAAGACGUUGCACGAAGUAACGACCGAUACCUCGCAGAUUAGUACAGGCGUCCUCAACCCCGGAGUCAUUCACCAUGCACCCAUAACCCCAAAAGCCCGAUUGAACGGCAGGAUACAGGCAUCAAAGUAUUCCCAAAAACAGACACUUACACUGGUGACUGAUUGGGUUAGUAAAAUUGAGAAAGAUUUCCAAUCACUCGCUUUCUUCCAUCAAAUUGAAGGGUUCCUUGUGGUUGCCUCUCGCCACCCAAAGAGUACGAUCUUCAGAAAAGUGGGGACACCGAUGGGGAAUGGAUUCAUGGGCAUGCUUGCCACGGAUCAAGAUAACAACACCGCCGCUGAAUUUCACACGUGGGUGGCUGCCCAAGCGAUUCAAAUAAGCAAGGGCUGUGUGGCUUCUGUUCCACAAAAAAGAUGUCAGCUUGCUACUAUUACAGAGUCAAGCUGA